AUGAUUUUUGGAUUUGCUGAAGACUAUCGAAAGAUUGUUGUUAAUGCAAAACAUGAACUUAUCCUCACAAGAUCUCGUACAGACAUUAAUGCUAUAGUUGAUAUUACGGCAACUGAAGAGCAUGAGCAAUUUAAGAUUAUAAUUAAUAAAGUGGAAUGGUUCAUACCAUAUAUAUUCCUUGGAGAUCGUCAAAAAAUUGAAUUAUUAAAAUUUAUUGAAAAAGACCCUCUUAUAUCUAUGAGCUUCAGAUCGUGGGAUAUGUAUGAAUACCCAUUGUUACCUACCACUCAAAAACAUGUUUGGACUGUAAAAACUUUUACGCAGGUUGAGAAACCUCGAUAUGUAAUCCUUGGAUUACAAAUAAAUCGAAAAGAUCAUCCUGGAAGAUAUGCAAAUAUUUUUGAUAGCUAUCCUGAGCCUAUUCUGUCCAGGAAUGAAUUUAAAGAUUAUGCACCAUUAGCUGUCAUAGAUUGCUCCAAGCAAAAUGAAUUUCUUAAACAAGCUUCUAUGGAUGUGAAACUAGAAUUUGAAUCUAGUGAAAAUUUUCCAGACAAUACAGCAGCUUAUUGUUUAAUUAUUCAUGAUCGAAUUAUUCAAUACACACCAAUCAGUAAUGUUGUGAAGAAAGUAUCGUAA